GAAUAGCAUAUCAGGUGUUGAGCAAAGUCCUGUUGAGGCAACACGACACUGAAGAAGAGAUCUCAUAGUUUCAACAUUGAGCGAAUAUGAGUUUUCUGUUCGGCAGUAGAAAGACUCCCGCAGAGCUUCUGAGGGAAAAUAAAAGGAUGCUAGACAAGUCCAUUAGAGAAAUAGAAAGGGAAAGACAAGGCUUGCAGACUCAAGAGAAGAAGUUGAUUCUUGAGAUUAAGAAGAACGCCAAACAAGGACAGAUGGGGGCAGUGAGAGUGAUGGCCAAGGAUCUUAUCAGAACUCGCCAUCAGAUUGAGAAGUUUUACAAGCUUAAAUCGCAACUUCAGGGUGUUUCUUUGAGAAUUCAGACACUAAAAUCCACUCAAGCAAUGGGGGAGGCUAUGAAAGGAGUUACGAAAGCCAUGGGUCAAAUGAAUAGGCAGAUGAAUUUGCCUUCCUUACAGAGGAUAAUGCAAGAGUUUGAAAGGCAGAAUGAGAAGAUGGAACUGGUGUCUGAAGUGAUGGGAGAUGCAAUUGAUGAUGCCUUGGAAGGUGAUGAAGAGGAGGAAGAGACAGAAGAGCUUGUGAAUCAGGUUCUUGAUGAGAUCGGAAUCGAUAUAAACUCGGAGCUUUUAAAUGCACCUGCAUCAGCCUCAGUUGCUGCACCAGCGGCAAAAAACAGGGUUGCUCAAGCUGAAUCAACAAACAAUGAAGACGGUGGAAUUGAUGAUGAUCUACAGGCUAGGUUAGAUAACCUAAGAAAAAUGUAAUGUGUAUGAGGGUUUAGGGAAGGUAUUUCAAAGAAGCGUGAAAAUAAUGAUUGUAUAUAAAAUUAGUCUGUGAUUUAGUCUCAUUUUUAUUAUCAGGAUGGAAGCUAUCUUAUAUAUUUGAAGAGUAAUGUUAAUAGAACUAUUCAUAUGUAUACACAAGAUACUGAAUACUUCGGGGUUUAAUUUUGGAUAAAUAUUU